CACGCGUAUUGCAGGAUUCAUUCUCUUUUAUUUUAUUUUAUUACACUGAAACGAACUCUUUUAUGAAUAACAUGAACUCACUUUACCAAGUGGAUGAGCUUGUAAAGGAGUAUUUGCUGUUUCGAGGAUUCACAGCUACUUUUCGAGCGUUAGAGUCAGAAAUAAGAACAGAUAGAGAUAAAGGCUUUCAAGUAGAUAAAAUCAUGGAGGAGUUAUUGGGUGCCAUAGCAAGUGGAGACAUACAGGCACUCAUAGAUUAUUAUCGAUACUUGGAUCUACGCUUCUUUUCUAGACUAGAAAGUCGAUUUCAACGUACUAUUAAAAAGUUUGAACUUUGUCUGUUAAGGCAUUAUCUGAUCCAUGCUAUUCAACAUAAAAAACGAGAAAAAGUCAUAGAGUUUUUUGAUAUUUAUGGCCCUGAAUUACAUGGCAAGCCAGAAUGGUCUCAAUGGUUUGCCUUACCCUAUAUAAAGAGCCCAAUGAAUGAUCCAACAUUUGAAACUUUUUUCUCGAAACAAUGGGUGGAUAAUUAUACCGUUUCAUUGCAUAAUUUCUUAGCUGCUACUUUUCAGAAUAUGCCUUUGCCUAGUUUGCUUUCGUUUAAUAUUGAUCGCAUUCAACGCAAGACACAGCAAACUGAAAUUGAAGCACUUAAAAGCACAGUCGAGAAUCAAAAGGCAACAUUGGAAGCACGCGAGAAUGAUAUUGCGAAACUAAAGCAUCAAGUGGUUGAAACACGAAAGGAAAUGACGGAUGGUAUUUCGCUUAUUCGACGUAGAGCUGCUUCUUCUUCUACAAGCGCCGAUCAAAAAUCACUCAAGUCCAUCACAGCUUCCAUCAAUGCAGCCACGCUUGGCAACACAAAUGUACCUAAAAAAUCAAAUUCAGAAUCAACAUAUCAAAGUCGUAAAAAUCAACAUGAACUCAGAUCAUCUCCUUCGCCUCCUUCGCUUCCUCUACCACCAUCAUUGUCUCCCUCAGUGACCACAGCAGUAGAAGAUGAACCUUUUUUAAUUGUUAGUCAAGAAGAAUUUGCAGAGCAUGCGUCUGCUAUUACACACGCUAAAUUCUCAAGUCAAGGUGAGCUGAUUGCUAGUUGCGAUAUAGACAAUAUUGUGAGGAUCUGGAGCUACAAAGGGCAGUCCUUUAGUCCUCUCAAGAUUCGAAACAAUUCCUCAAAUGUCUUGUCGUUGGAAUGGGAUGCUAGAUCAGAUAGAUUCAUCUAUAUGGGAACAGACACAGGCUUAAUCCGUGUUUAUAAUGUGGAGUCAAAAUCUAUUGUACAAGAAUUCAUUAUGAAUGAGGCUUAUCCAUGGGUUAAUCAGUUAUCCUCAAGUCCUGUUGAACCUAUCUUUGUCUGUGCUGGUUCAAGUAAUCAGUUAUCAAAUAAUAAGAAAUCAAGUGCUCUUGUUGCAUGGAGUAUGAAGACAAUGUCAGCUUGUGUAAGUCUAUAGCAUUCGCGCUUGUCAUUUAACAUAUUGAGGGGGUUAGGGUAACUUUGAGUUUGGUGAUACAGAAGCCAAUAUCAAUACCAUUAAACUUAAUCAUAAUGGUCAAAUGGUUGUAGCGGGAGAUAC